AUGAAUGUCAUAUUAAGUAUAGACCAAAGUACACAAUCAACCAAAGUGUUUUUCUAUGAUGAAGAAUUAAAUAUUGUUCACUCCAAUAAUUUAAAUCACGAACAAAAAUGUUUGAAACCUGGUUGGUAUGAACAUGAUCCGAUAGAGAUUAUGAACAAUUUAUAUGAUUUAAUGAAUGAAGGAAUAAAAGUUUUAAAAGAUAAAUAUACAUCUGUUAUAAUAAAAUGUAUAGGUAUUACUAACCAAAGAGAGACUGUAAUAAUAUGGGAUAGAAUUACAGGAAAACCUUUAUAUAAUGCUAUAGUUUGGCUAGAUACACGUGUAGAAGAACUUGUUAAAGAAUUUUCUGAGAAAUAUAAUAAUAAUGAUAUUCAGAAAAAAACAGGAACUCACUUUAAUACAUAUUUUAGUGCUUUUAAAAUAUUGUGGUUAAUUCAAAACAAGCCAGAAAUCAAACAAAAAAUUGAAGAUGGUACUGCUGUUAUAGGAAAUAUUAAUACAUGGCUUAUUUUUAAUUUAACUAAAGGAAAUUGUUAUACAGAUGUUACCAAUGCUUCAAGAACUUUAUUAAUGGAUAUUAAUACAUUACAAUGGGAUGAACAAAUGUGCAAAAUAUUUAAUAUUACUAAUAUGUCUGUUUUACCUGAAAUUAAAAAUAAUUGUUCUAAUUUUGGUUUAGUUAAGUCAGAACGUGUUCCUGAUUAUUUAAAUAUUCCUAUUACUGGAUGUAUUGGAGAUCAACAAAGUGCAUGCAUUGGUCAAGCUAUCUUCGACGAAGGUGAAGCUAAAUGUACCUAUGGUACAGGUGUAUUCCUUUUAAUCAAUACAGGAGAAAAAGUUGUAUAUUCUACAUGCGGUUUAAUUACUACUGUAUGUUAUAAAUUUAAUGAUAAUGAUAAACCUAAAUAUGCUCUUGAAGGUUCUAUAGGUACUGCUGGAUCGGGGGUUUCAUGGCUUCUUAAAAACAAACUAAUUGAUGAUCCAAGUGAAGCUAGCGAUAUUAUGGAAAAAUGUGAAAAUACAACAGGAGUCAUUUUUGUACCAGCUUUCAGUGGAUUAUACGCACCCAGAUGGAGAUCAGAUGCACGUGCAUCCAUAUAUGGAAUGACUUUUAAUACAGAAAGAAGCCAUAUUGUAAGAGCACUAUUAGAAGGUAUAGCUUUCCAGUUAAAUGAAAUUGUUGAUUCCUUAACAUCAGAUAUGGGCAUUGAAAUGUUACAUGUCUUACGAUGUGAUGGAGGUAUGACCAAAAAUAAACCAUUUAUGCAAUUUAACUCAGAUAUUAUUAAUACAAAAAUUGAAGUUUCAAAAUAUAAAGAAGUAACUUCUCUUGGUGCUGCAGUUCUAGCUGGAUUAGAAGUUAAAAUAUGGGACAGUCUAGAUUCUGUCAAAAGUUUAUUAAGGAGAAGUGAUGCUGUUUUUCAUUCUAAAAUGGAUGAUAAAAAAAGAAAAAAAAAAACUUAUGAAUGGAAUAAAGCUGUCGAAAGGACAUUAAUACAGUUGUAA